AUGGAAGAGCCAGAACUCUCACAGUCCUCGCAGCCAUGCUUCGACAGCCCGCGGCAGCGACAGCGAGCAUCGCUUCCUCCCAGGCCAAAUGGAGCUUCUCGACAUGCAAAGAGGCUCACGCUCAAUUUCCCCAUCAAUAUCCCGCCUGAGCUGGUACAGCAGGGACCUCGCUCAGCGAAAGACUCGCCCUCGGCGAAACACACGCACUCAGAAUCAUCACCUACCAUGCCGGCUUCCCAUCGAGCUUCGCCCUCGGUUUCUGCGUUGACCGAACCGCCAGAUGAAGGGUACGGGUUCCUCACGGCUCUCGCUGCCCAGGAACGCAAGGUGCUGGAGCUCAAGGAGGAGCUGCACAGGGCCGAGUUGGAGCUCGCCACCCUGAAGAAACGGUGGGAGCAGAAUGAAAAGGGCCGGAAGAUCAACCAGGCCGUCUAUCGGGCCGAAGCAAUGAAGCCGUUGAGGCAGCAGACACCGGUGGAAGGAAGUCCGCCGCUUACAGGGACGGGAGCUACUCAGUCGCCGGUCGACAGUGAUGCACCCGGGUUGAAGAGACGUAGCCGAGAAUUGGACAGACGUCACAGCUUGAGGCAGUCAAUAUCGCAUUCACCGCAUUCACCGCAUUCACCAGCUCCAGGCCAGCUGUCCAGAGCAAGAACGGUGUUCGAAGGCUCCCGGCAUACUCGGACUCUGUCUCUUCUCUCCGCAAGAGACGACUACAACAGCUCUCCCUUCUCCCCCCAAUCAGCCGAUUCAAAAAGCGCACGACCUUCUGGCUAUCCCAGAUCUGCGACUCUCCCUUCCGUCGAUAGAGAAUCAAACGGCAGUAAGCCGCUCAUCUUGUCCCCCGCGAAACAGAAAUCAGUACAGGAUAAAGGAUUAUGGCGAAGGUCUCUCCCGCCAAUACCGCAAGACCCAACCACAGAGGCACUCAUGCGAACAGGAAAGCAGACGGCUACGGACUUCAAAGACGGACUGUGGACGUUUCUGGAAGAUAUCCGUCAGGCUACAGUAGGAGAGGAGGGUAUCAAUGCAACCCAAUCUCGUACAUCGCAGGCUUAUCAGCGCCAGGACCAUCUUAUCAACAGAUCAGGUGCGGGGACAGUAAACUCCAAACCACAUUCAGCAGCAGCUCCUUCGAGAACUGGCAGAUCUGCAUCUAUCAAGCCCACUACCGCCGCCAAGCAAAAUAAACGUGCAGCGGCUUCAGAAACCGACUUCUGGGAGGAAUUUGGCGUCACCGCUCCAAAUAAGACACAGUCAAACAAGGCUACCAAUCGGAAUCGCAACAAGCCAAAUAAUAAUCCGAGCAAUCAGACUAGUUUGCUAGACAUCGACGACAAUUGGGAUAUCUGGGAUAGCCCCCAGCCCAAGACACACACCCCAUCCUCGAGCAGCUCGACAUUCCCAUCCAAAAGAGACCAGUCGCCCUCGACAAACGCUAGCAGCCCACGGACCAGUGCAAGGUCAGCAUACAUACAGCGCCCUCCCCCCAUCCUUCUAUCCACCCGCAGCUAA